CAGAAAGCCUUGCGCGGGGGCGGAGGCGGCAGGGAUGCGAUGGCUGAAUCUCUGCCCUGGAGGUGUGGAAACUGAGGCUCAGAGAGUUCAAGUACCUUGCCUGAGGUCACACAGCUAGGAAUCUGUGGAGCUGGGAUUUGAAUGAGUCUAAGUUAGCCUGGCCUAAAGCCUGUGCUUUACACCUAUAUCUGAGAGCAAGGGACAGAAGAGCAUGAAGAGUACACAGUAUUAUCAGGAUCAUCAGAUGCUCACAUAUAUUCUGAGCUUCCUGCCUCUGUCAGAUCAGAAAGAGGCCUCCCUCGUGAGUCGGGCUUGGUGCUGUGCAGCCCAGAAUGCCCUUCGGGAGAGCCUGGGUCUCAGGGGCAUCUGCUGCAUCAGCCUGACCAACCUGGAUGGCUCGCCGGCUUCACACCAGGUGCUGCAGUCUGUUGCCUACCACCUGGGCCUGCACUUGCAGAGCUUGUGCCUGGGCAGCCCCACAGAGGCCUCCUUCGUGGCCCUGAUCCUGGGCUGCCCGGCCCUGCGUUUCCUUGACCUCAGUGGCUGCAACAGCCUUUUCACGUCAGGCAUGCUGCUAGCUCAGCCCAAGACAGCACAGCGGGUCCAGCAGGCACUGAGCGGCCUCCGUGAGCUCAGUCUGGCUAGCCUGCGGGACCUGACUGAUCUCAGCUUCAACCGGCUCAGCAGUUGAGUUCUCAGCCUGGAGCGCCUCUCCUUGGCCUGCUGCCACCUCACCUUCGAGCCAGGCCCAGCCCAGGGCUCCAUCGGCCCCCAGGAUUCCUCCCCUUCCCAACUCUCCUUCCGCAACCUGCUGCAAUUCAUGAAGGAGCAGGCUGGUAGGCUGCACGCCCUGGGCCUGAGUGGCACUGGCUUGCCACCCGAGGCCCUGCAGGCCCUGGGCCAGGUGGCUGGGCUGCAGCUGCAGGAGUUGAGCCUGCACAGCUGCCGGGACCUCUCCACAGAGGCUGUGGCCACCCUUUGCCACCAGCAACCAGGCCUUACCUUCCUGGAUCUCAGCGGCUGCUCAGAACUGGCUGACGGGGCACUCUUGGCUGUGAGCCGGGGCCUGCGGCGCCUGUGGCACCUGAGCCUGAGGAAGCUGCAGCAGCUGACGGAUGCAAGAUACUCAGCCCUAAGGGGCCUGCGGGAGCUGCAGAGCCUCGACAUGGCCGAGUGCUGCCUGGUGAGAGGGCGGGAAUCGGCCCAGGCCCUGGGCUUGGUGUGCGGAGCUCCACACCCACUGGCCUCCCUCAGCCUGGCCUACUGCUCCUCACUCAAGGACGCCUCAGUGCUCUCCCUGAUGCCAGCGCUGGGCCCAAGCCUCAGGGUGCUAGACUUAUCCUCCUGCGUGGCCCUCACCAACCGGACCGUGCAGGCCAUCUGCACCUACCUCACCCACCUGUCAGUCCCGCACCUGGCCUGGUGCAAGGAGCUCCGUGACCGGGGGCUUCUGGGCUUGGGGCAACCAAGUGAGGAGACUCUGCAGGGGCCGCAGGUGUGGGACCCUCGAGGUCAUGGCGGGCGGGGCGGUCCCUGGGCUCAGCUGCCCUCCUGCCCCUCCUGCGCCUGUCUCUGGGAGCAGCUGAAGGCCAAACUCAGGAGGAAUCUGGGAAGCAGGGGUUUCCUCUCACAGCCACCCCGAGAGCUGGGCAUCGGGCCUCCAGCCGCAAAAGGACCCUUCUCCCUGGCCAUAGGGCCCGCCCUACUCACGCUGCAGGCCCUACGGGACUUGGACCUCACAGCCUGCAGCAAGCUGACUGAUGCCAGUUUGACCAAGGUGCUCCAGGUCCCCCAGCUGAGGCGGCUGUCACUGAGCCUGUUGCCAGCACUCACAGACAAGGGCUUGCUGGCUGCGGCCAGAGGCUGCCCCAGCGUGGAGCGCUUGGUGCUGAGUCACUGCAGCCGCCUCAGCGACGAGGGCUGGGUCCAGGCAGCCGGCUCCCGGCCAAGGCUGCAGCACCUCAACCUGUCCAGGUGCAGUCAGCGCUCGGAGCAGUGAUGGCCUCCCUGCGGAACGCUGGGUUCCACUGGGCAGGCGUGCAAGCAGCUCCAGAUGGCAGAUGUGGCCAUGUGUCCUGGCAUUAGCAUGGCUUCCGUCAGGCGCUUCCAAGCCCAACUGCCUGAGGUGACCUGCGUCCAGUCCCGCUUUGUGGGAGAGGCUGACCUGACCCUAACACUCUGAGGCCAGGUCAGUAACCAGCCCUGUGGCUCAGCCUCUGUCACCUCCAGAGGCCUGGCCUCUUGACCUGGAGUUUGACUCAGUGCCUCCCACCUCCCUCUGAGGAGCCCCAGAGCCCCUUCCCCAAGCUAAAAACCCCUUUUCUAGGACUAAGGGUGGGACUAUAUCAGGGCAGCCCAAGGGGCUUCCUGCCCCAGUCUGCCCCACAGCCCAGCAGGAACCUUUUCCAGCUACAUGUCGCUGCCACAGGCCCCUGGAAAUGCCAGCUCCUGCUCUCCUGUCCAGGCCUGGGUCCAGAGGCCAGGCCCACAGGUGGGCUGGGUCUGGUGUUGGGAGGAAGAGACCCUGUGCCUCUGGCCCUGCCCCUUCUCACACUAGGGCCUGUACUGUUCCCCACAGCUCUCCCAGCCCCCUACCAGCACUGAGCUUUAGCAGCCAAGCCACAGUCUUUGUUGUAUACCCAACAAGAUUAAAAAUUCCAGAUCUCACCUCCU